AUGAACGACAGAUCGAGAGCGACGUCGACUCCAAAUCCUCACGCGAUCGCGCCCCAGUCGUCCGUCCCCCACGCUGCGCCCUCGCCGCCGCCGGCGCCUCCCGUCGGCGAGGAGAACUGGCUCGAUUAUAUCGACCAGCAGAAGCGCCGUGCCCACGACAUCGAGUCGCGCAUCCAGGUCCUUGAACUCUACAAAAAGGCAGUCACUCUCGAGAACGGCAGCCUCACCUUGUGGCUGGCCUACUGCGAAUACUUUUGGUAUCUAUACCAGAGCUGUCAGCGACCCGGUCAGAAUGGCUUUGCCACGUGGAAACCCGAGGAGCUACCCACAGCUCGCGACAUCUUUUCCUUGGAUUCGGCCCUCCGGUUGUGGCAGGAGGGCCACGAGGCGACGCAGUACCGACUGAGCGACAGCCACGAACUAUGGAAUCGAUGGAUCGGCAAGGAGAUGGAGCUGCUGGGCUUCUCCAGGACCGCGGAGGGCGUCAAGCGCAUCACGCACCUGUUCCGCAACCGUCUCCUCAUCCCGCACAGGAACUGGAGUGAGACAUCCCAAUCCUUUUCCAUGUUCCUCAACGAAUAUAACCAAUCCGCGUGGGAGAGCACCAUGAAGGAGAUUACCACGCGGUCGCAGACUGCGAGGGAGUUGUACGAGAAGCGCGAUCCUUACGAGCUCAAGCUGGCAAAGGCGGUCGAGUCGGGCGACGAGGAUGCGCAAAAGACAGCCAUGCGAGAUUAUCUCCAGUUCGAGAUCGCCAGCACGGUACGGGAAAAGAAGAACCCCAAAAUCUCCAUACAGAUCGCCAUGGCCCUCUUUUCACGCGCCUUGACCGGUGUCCUUGCCAGAGACGAAGAGACAUGGACCGACUACGCCGUCUUUGUAUCGACGCUGUACAACCGCUUCAACAGCCCCGAGUCCCGCGAUCCAGACAUGCUACAAAUACUGCCCAGUAGCCCCACGGUGCUGCAGGGCGCCGUGUCGCACUGCCCAUGGUCGGGCCCGCUGUGGGCGCGCUACAUACUCAGCUGCGAGGAGGCCGGUCUGUCAUUUUCGGCCAUGGAACGGAUCAAGCACGCCGCCACCGACAGCUCGCAGCUCGACCGCGAUGGAAUGGUGGGUGUCGUAGACAUGUAUGCCGCAUGGUGCGGCUACCUAAAACGGUCGGCCCUCGACCCCGCCGCCACCGAGGAGAUGACGGAUCUUGCCGACUCGGGCCUCUUGGCUGCUCUGGAAGCUGUUCAGGUGUGGGGUGAGCGGAGGUUCGGUAGUUCCUACGUCGGAGACCCAAACUUCCGACUCGAGCGUAUCCUGAUCAACUACCUGACCGAGAAACACGGCGCCAUCGACGAGGCUCGCUUUCAGUGGCUGAGGCUGGCUGAAAAGCCGCUGUAUGCCGUGAGUUACAACUUUUGGCUGCAGUUCUACGUGUGGGAGCUGUCGGUGUUCCAGGCAGAAAAGGGCAAGAACCGCAGUCCCACGCCCGGGCAGGCCAUGCCCCCAAAGCUCAAAGUGCCGUCAAAGGCCACCGAGGUGCUGCUGCAGGCGCUUAAGAGGAAAGAUUUGGACUGGCCAGAGAGGAUAUUGGAUGUCUAUCUGCAACACUGCAACGACUACGAGACGCCCGAGAAGCUUCGCUCGGCUUACGACCUGGUCCACAGGGUCAGGAAGCAGGUGGAACAGCGCCGGCAGGGCGAGGCGGCCGCGGUGGCCGCCUACACGGCGGCGGCGGCGACGGAGCAACAGGCGGGUGACUCACCUUCGGCAGCGGCCAAGCGCAAGCGAAGUGACGCGACACCUGACCGCCACCAAGGUGCGAACAAACGACCCCGGAACGGCGAGUCGGUGGCGGCGGGCGAGGAUGCAGCCGGCUCGUCGCAGCCGGCUGCGUCGGCGCUCAAGCGGGACCGCGAACACACGACUGUCAUGGUGACGAAUCUGCCGGCUGACACGACGCAGACCAGGGUGCGACAGUACUUCCGUGAGUACGGACAUGUGAACAGCAUGGUCCUGAAGAAAGUCGACAACGACCGAUCCGCGGCCGCGCUCGUCGAGUUCCGGUCCACCGACGACGCGAGGUCGGCGCUGCUGCGAGACGGCAAGUACUACGGCGAGAGGGUCAUCGAGGUGAAACCGGGCGACUCCCUGACGCUGUUUGUGACCAACUACCCGCCCACGGCCGACCAAGACUUCAUCCGCAACCUGUUCAGGGACUGCGGUGAGAUCUUUGACAUCCGCUGGCCGAGCCUCAAGUUCAACACGCACCGGAGAUUCUGCUACGUCAGCUUCCGGGAGGCCGAGGCGGCAAGGAAGGCAACCGAGCUGGACGGCAAGGAGCUGCAGGGCAAGUUCAAGCUCAGCGUCAAAUACUCGGACCCAGCAAGGAAGAAGGCCCGAGAGGGAGCCACAUCCGAGGGCAGAGAGGUCAAGGUGGCAAAUCUACCGUUGGAUGCGGAUGAGACCUCCAUCAAGGAGGUAUUUGGCAAGAUUGGAACCGUCCAGACGGUGCGCGUUCUCAAGAACAUGGCAGGCAGGAGCAAAGGGACAGGAUUCGUCGUGUACGAAACCAAGGAACAGGCCGACCAGGCAGUCGCGGAGCUGAACGGUGUCAAGCUUAAAAACAACAUCGUCACGGUGGAGCCGACCAAGGUCACCAACUUCAAGCCGCAGGCCCGCACGGCCGCAUCACCAUCGCCCAAGCCGGACGGGGAGGGUGACAUAGCCAUGACUGGAAGCACCGAGCGCCAGGAUGCCGGCCAUAGCAAGGAAAGCAGGGAGGCACGCGACCUCCGGACCUUUGCGCUGCUCGACAUACCCGACACUGUCAACGACGCCCGCGUGCGCGCGCUAGUCGAGAAGCACGCAGGCGAGGGCGCGACCAUCUCCAAGCUGGUUCUCCGCCCGGACCAUGGAGGCGCAAUCGUGGAGCUGGCGGACCACGCAUCGGCCGGCAAGGCGCAGCUGGCCUUGGACGGGGCCGAAAUCGACAGCUGCAAGAUAAGAACCGGCACGGUCGCCGAGUUGCUCAAAGAAAAGGACGCCGUCAGGAGCGAUCGCAUAGACGGACCGGUGGACAAGGCGGCAGCGGGUGACGGGAAGAAAGAGCCCAAGAAGGCGUCGGCGAUGAUGAUGCCGCCACCGAGGGUCUCGCGGCCUGUGCUGGGCGGUCAGAAGCCCAAGAGGGGCGGAGUCGCGGGGCUUGGCUUCUUCCCCAAGGCUGCGGUCAAGACGGCGGCUACAACCGAGGGGACGAACGGCACCGUCUCGUCGGUGGCCGACGCAAAGGCGGCUGCCGCACAGAAGAGCAACGCGCAGUUCAGGGAAAUGUUCUUGGCUAGCAAUGGAUCUGCCGAGGGACGGAAGGACAAACAGCAAGACAGCAAGACGGAAAAGGCGAGUGAGACGACUGCGGCAACUAAUGGUGAUUGA